AUGGCCCUAUCGAGCAAGUGCAAGCUGAGGAUCUUCUUGCUCAUCGGCUUCGCCGUGGUGCUACAGCCAUCUUCCGCGAUCAGAGCCGAAGGAGCUCCUGCCGCGGAUCCAAGAGCAGCGCCGCCGUCGGGCAUCCCGCCGCUGCCGCCGCAGCCGAGGGAGUGCCGGCCCUGGCUGAUGCGGAUGAUGCCGUGCGCGGGGUUCAUCACCAACUCCAGCGUGUACGCGCCCGAGCCCUCCUGCUGCGGCGGCUUCAACUCGAUGUUCGCCUACGGCACGGUCACCUGCCUGUGCCACGUCGUGAACGGCGACGUCGGCCGGCUCCUGCCGGCGCCCAUGAUCCACGCGCGCAUGGUGGAGCUCUUCUCCGUGUGCGGCCACGACGUGCGCGUCGAGAUGCUUGCCGCGGCGUGCAACCUGACGAACGAUGUGCCGCCGAUAGACCUUCCAAGUCCUCCACCGUCGACGCCAACACGCCAUUGCCGCCGCCAGCGCUGUCGUCGUCGGUUAUGAUGGCCAUGACUAACUAGCAGCGACAACCGUCAAUUCUGUCGUCGGGAGGAUAAUAUAUAAUAGCAGUCGUUUGCUGAUUCUGUCAUCGGCAGAGCGUUUGCUGUCAGCUAUAGUUUGUGCGUGUCCUCUUCUGGGUAAAGUACUAUGUGAUGGGAGGGAUAAUUUUAUCUACUUAAAC